GCCUGCAAACACACCGACAUGUCUCAAAGUGGAGGCUGACAUACACAAGUGUGACGGGUGAAUACGUGACACAGCGCCAAGCUCUCAGUGAUGCUUGUGAGGCAGGUCCAGGAGACAUUGCGAACCGAUGACCAAGUCUGAUCGGCAGCUGCCCAAGACAACAUCUGUGGCGAAACCAUAGCAGCCGCCUCCUUCUCUGUGCUCCAGGAAGAAGACGCAAACAUGUCAGAGAGGAGAGGUCAGGCCAAGUCCAUCGUUCUGUCGUCACUAUUUGUAUGUUGCAUGUUUGCCAGUGCUGAGUAUUCCAGCUGUGGGGAGUACGAGUUCCUGAACCAGACCAGUAACAGCUGCCAGGCCUGCCCACAGUGCCAGCCAGGGCAAGAACCACACAUGACAUGUGGCUACGGUGUCAAGGAUGAGGACUUUGCCUGCGUGCCGUGUCCACAGGGGAAAUACUCAAAGGGUAAAUAUGAGAUCUGCAGACGUCAUAAAGACUGCGACGCUUUCUACAAAGCCACAGUUCGCAUCCCGGGGACACCUGACAGCGAUGCAGAGUGUGGACCAUGUUUACCAGGGUAUUACAUGUUGGAAAACAGGCAGAGGAACCUGGGAUGGGAUGGAAUGGUUUGCCACUCGUGCCAAAAUGCCCCUCCAAACACCAAAGAGUGCAUGCCCUCCACUGGACCCAAAGAAAAACCCCAAGCAGACUCAGGCAGCACUACUGUGUUUCCUCAACCACACAAAGAUCCCACAGGACAGGGCCACCUAGCCACGGCCCUCAUCAUCGCCAUGUCAACCAUCUUCAUCAUGGCCAUCGCCAUUGUCCUUAUCAUCAUGUUUUACAUCCUCAAAGCCAAACCGAGUGGCCAAGCUUGUUGUACAGGUCAAGUGGUGAAAUCAGUUGAAGCUCAGGUGAACAAACAAGAGGACAAGAAGGACGUACCAGAUAACGUGGUCAUCUAUGCGGAAAAAGAUGACUUCGACAAGCUGAAAGCUCCUCCUCAGAAGACCACAAAAAGUGAAAACGAUGCAUCGUCUGAGAAUGAGCAGUUGCUUAGCCGAAGCAUCGACAGCGAUGAGGAGGCGGCGCUGGAAAAACAGGGAACCGCUGAGCCUAAUAAGCCCAAACUCAACCUGUGUCAACUCAAUGCGGGUAAUAAGCCAGAUCUGUGCCUGCUCUCUCUGGGUCUUUUGGACCACAAUCGUUCCUGCAAUGGGACCCUGAAGACUGGUGCCAGCCCCACAAAUAACAUCAUCACUAGCCCCAACCACAUCGCCGACGUCAACCACAUCACGAACGAAAACCACAUCAGCAGUGUGACCUCAAUCAACAACAACAACAAAACGCCAGGGAUGUUACUGAGCAGAAGGAAAAAGAUUCUGGAUCUCUACACUAGAGCGUGCAAUGUGACUGAGGGACUGAGUCCCACUGAGCUUCCAUUCGACUGCCUGGAGAAGACAAGUCGCAUGCUGAGCUCAUCCUACAGCAGUGAAGCAGCAGUAGUAAAGACAUGGAGGCACCUGGCUGAGAGCUUUGGCCUUAAACGCGAUGAGAUCGGAGGCAUGAGUGACGGCUUGCAGCUCUUCGAAAGAGUGAGCACAGCGGGCUACAGUAUCCCCGAUCUCCUGACCCGCCUGGUGCAGAUUGAGAGGCUUGAUGCUGUGGAGUCGCUAUGCUCAGACAUGCUGUCUAGCGGCGAAACAGCCGCGGCAAGUGGACGACAGGGCAUUAGCAGCUUUCACAGCCAGUUGAUCUGCCCAUCUCCGUGUCCAUCUCCCUCUCAACGCUGCGCCAGUGUCUGAGUAUGUGGCAGAGAAUGCACUUGAAAGCAUUCACAGACUCUUGGAGAGAAAAUGCUCAGACGAGGACAAUAUAUGGGGCAAACUCACAUCUCCAGAUACAUGAAGAAUGUCAGUGGACCUGAUGGACUGUCAAGCUUGCAGCGCUUAUCACACACAGCUACUAAAAAAAUUCUUCUAUCCAUGUUCAGACUGAUGUCUGAAGAAUGUUUUAACCUUAUGAUUUCUAUCCAUAGAUUAGUAGGAAUACAACAUUUCCCAUAUUAAUACAUUAAUGUAAGGGAAUAAAACUGUGUGCUGGACACAUAGUUUAAAAUACCCUUUAAAAAAAGAUAAAAUGAAGCUCUCCUAUAGACAAACAUUUAAAAUAUUUGGAUCCAUUUGAUGCUUGUUUUAGUAACCAAAGCCGCACUAAACCUAAAAUUAAAGGCUAGUUAAAGUGGGCCAAAACAGCAAACAUUGUCUGAAUUUAUCUAUGUCCCAGCUUAUUUUUAUGUUCGUCAUGACUAAGAAUUGAUGCAGAUCUGCCCACAUGGAUCAGGGUUUUGGUCGUAGCUCCUGCAGUAACAUUUGCUUGCUGUAACUAAUUCAUGAGCAGUGGCCCAGACUGUGAACCCUGACAAGCCACGUCACUUUCACUUUUUACCUGCAGCCGAGUCCUGCCGCCACCAUUAAUUGUUUCGCGUGUGACUCCAAGGCCCCGUAAUAAGGCUAAGUGUUGUGGUUUACAGUUGGAAAGUGCCUGUGAUUUCCAGCACCUAAUUAAGCAUUUAAAGCCACGUAACCACUGGAAGGGCUAUUAAAUCCUGAUUUAAAGCAAAAGUUGCCAAUCGGGGGAGGCAUGACUAACUGCCUCUGUCGAGUAGUAAACUUUGCAGAAGUGCAGCCAGUACUAAGGUUGUAAACAUGUACCAGAUCUGUUUCUGCCUUUGGGUUUCCCCGGCAUUCCUUGUCGAAGGAAAAGGAAUGCAUUCCCAAAAGGACUCGGGGACGAUGCAGGCAUAUAGUUUGGCACAAAAUGACUUGAUAAAUUGUGAAUACAACUAAAAUGUGUGAUGUACUGUUUUCCAUCAGCCAUCAUGGGGAAUGAAACAAACUUGUAAAAACAAGCCACUAGUCUCAACAAUCCAGAAUUAAUGUAGCCAUUUCAAACAUCUAAAUUAUUACUGUCCUGUUCAGCAUCAAGUUUCAAUGCUACAGUCACUCUGACAGGUUAAUCUGAAAACGUUUACAUGACAAGGUUAAUCAUCUCAGUCUUCUACACGGUCUCACACAGAAGAGGAGCGUGUGAAGUUAUGUAUAAUGCAGACACCUCGGUCAGUGUGCCACCAAGCGAAAUGGGCACUCCGCCAAGGGCUUUUUCUACAGAAAUAUUCUCACGCAGAAUUUCUGACAUGAUUUAUUUAUACAAACCUAGAAAGAAAUGGACAAACCCACAAGCCAGACUCACACAUGAAUCUUACCUCAUAGAAAAAGAACUUCAGCACUUCGUUUUAGCUCAUUUUUAGGGCUCAGGAUGAGUUGUUGAGGAUAUGUAAUGACAAACAGCUAUAUUUAUCCAACGAGGCCUUUCUCUAGCCGGAUGCUUUUUAAAUAAUACUGGGCUAGCUAGGGGCAGAGGUACAGUAUGAACACAACAAAAUCAUUUUUACACUCCUGUGAAUGAGAUACUGUAAUUGUAAACAUUGCAAAUACUGGGGCAGGACUUCAGAUAUUAAAGUAAUGAAUUUUCAUGUUCAUGUUCACUCUCCUAUGUCUUACUGAGUUCAUAAUAAUAGGUCGGUGAGGCUUUAUGAAUCAGUGUCCUCAUUUUCAGAGCCCACUAUGGCACUUUCUGCUCUCAAAUCUUUGAAUUUGAAGAACCAUUUAAAUGGAGCCUCACCUCAUGUUUAUACCAAGAGUGCCACCUACUGAGCUCUGAAGAUAAGUACACUGUAUCAUGAAGCCUCAAUGGAACAUCACUACCGAUUUCAUGUAAAUAGUUGCUUGAGCAAAGUGUAAUGGAAAGUACCAUCAGAUUAUUAUGGAUGAUACAAUGCCUACAAUGCAUUACUUUACCUCAGUACCAAAAGAUGGAAAACACACAGUCAUUUGAGAAUGGAAGCAUUUAUGUAUAUAUAACUUAUUAAUGUUUAUAAUGUAUGUUUGAAUAAAGAUGAA